AAUUACCUGCACAGCAACAAGCGGGAUUACUGCAUUCGAUACUAUUCACUCCUUCGACACCUCUUUCUCGCGUAGCCGACAUCUACGACAUAACGAAGACCCGCCCCGCCUUCGCUGCGAUUUCUCCAUAAGCAAAGGCCCAUUUUACCCGCAGCUGUCCUCGAGCAACAGCUGCUGUUGCACACUCCAAUAAGGAGCAGCCAAAUCACCAACACGAGGAUCCUCUGGGGGCCACAACCUGACCCCUAAUAUCGGCAGGCUUAAGCUCCUCGCGUCUGCGCACGAGGCUAAUUCACCAUUUAUCCCACCAAGGGCAGCAUACAUCACUAAUCUUGGAUGUCGCCACGGUGCAUAAAGGUAAUCGAUAAUGUCGAAUGCUAGAUCUGAACACCUGCCUCCGGGCUUCUCGUCUGCUCCUGGUAUGCCUGCAACAAGCCAGGGCCGUUCCUCUUCCCCGACCGCUGGCGCCAUUGCUGGCCUGGACGCAGCUGCAAUGAGAAGCCCCUUCGGUUUAAACGCCCCUGGCAAAAUGGCCGGAGCCACACGCUCAGGGAACAACUCGCCCUCUCACGACACACCUGGUGGCCCUGGUCGGCUGUACUCGAAGCGAGCGCGCGAGAUCCAGGCGCAAGAAGGUGUCGCUGGCAUGCCACCUCUAAAUCCCUGGGGUGGCCCACCCACUAGCGGAAACUCGACUCCCCUGAGAGAAAACAUCCCCGAGUCUCCUACCGAUGGCUUCCCUGAUUUCGUGCAGCUUCCGACUCCAGACAGUGGUCCAGCGACAAGACGUGCGCGUGCCGGGACAGUGCCUUCCCGGUUUCCUGGCCCGCCGGGCAUCGGGGGAGGCAGCGCUUUCCCCAGCAUGAACCCUAUGGUCUCUCAGACGUCACGUCCAACACCGUCGCAAAGUCCAUUCAAAUCGCCCUCCCCGACGCUGAAUGAGCUCCCAGUCGACGCGCCCCGUUCCUCGACACUGCUGUCCCGACUCCGUGCUGGAUCGUUGCCGCAGCGAAGUCCUUUUGCGCCAAACUCGGGGACCAACUCGCCUUUUGGUCCCUCAGUUUUCAGUACCUGGAAUGCGCCUGGUCGUGACAGGACCAACACUCUAGCAAGCAUUGCCAGCGUGGGUUCCAACGGCCCAAGCUCGCCGGCACAAUCGGCUUUUUCCAAAGAAGGUCCUGGUGACAAUGACGUGCACAUGCGGACUCUGGACUAUCUCGGACUCGCAGAGACCCCGCAACCGGCUCGGGCUCAGCUGGCACCCACAUACCUGCCUGGCAUCGUAGACUUCACCAAACAGGCCAACCGUUUCCGAUCAUACUCUGUGAACAAUAAGGAUAAGUAUGCGGACGACGAGGAUGAUGUAUAUGACGAGGAGGGUCUGCUGCAGAGCCAGUACGCGCAGUUGCAAGACCAGCUUGCGGCCACCAAUGCUGCGAUUCAGCAGCACAAUCUUGCCGUCCAAGCAUUUGCUUCGCAAGCAUCUGUUACGCGGCCUCGUGCCCGUACAGCUGGUGUUCUGGAGUUGCAGAAUGCCGGGUCUCGGCUGAUGCGCAACUACUAUCCAACACCAUCACGACUUGACAACUCGAUGACGGCAGCAGAUCUCGGUCUUACUGAUGACAAGGCCUUUGACGAGCUUCCGAGUGCCGUGGCAGCCAUGAACCUGGGAAGAUCGAACAGCCGGAACAAUGGCCUGUUGUCUGCCGAGGAGGCCGGGCUCGAGGGUCCAACCAGUGCUCUUUGGCUGGGUAGCAUCCCUACUUCUACAACCACGUCGACCCUGACAGAAAUGUUCAAAUCUCACGGUCCAAUCUUGUCGGCCCGUGUACUGACUCACAAGAACUGUGGAUUUGUCAACUUUGAACGUGUCGACAGCGCCAUUUCUGCCAAAGCUAGCAUGAACGGCAAGGAGAUCUUUCCAGGAGCUGGCCCCAUACGCAUCAACUUUGCCAAACCGCCAUCUGCAUCUGGCACGCCUGGCCACGAUGGAACAUUCCCAAGCCCCAGCCCCGACCCUUUCACCAAGGGCCAGGAUGCGGUGCCAUCUAGCGCUGCUGCUUCAGCUGCCGAUCGCCCUGCACUGAACACGAAACUAAUCAACACUGUACCUGUGAUUCCUCCUCUGCAUGAGAUGACAGGCGACAUCCUGCAGAUUGUCAAGUCAUUCGGCGCAACUGACGAGGACACCGUCCGCAUCGCAAGCACCUUGCAGUCGGCGAUCCAGUUCACUACCUACCACGACGAAAUCCCGCCCAUUCGAGAGCCCACGCACACCCGUGUCCACGAUGCUCCCAAGCUGAGGGACAUUCGGAAGCGGAUUGACAACCAGAGUCUCUCGCAGGCGGAGAUCGAGAAUGUUGCCGUGGACAUGCUGCCGGAGAUUGCCGAGCUGUCAUCAGACUACCUGGGCAACACCGUGGUGCAGAAGCUGUUUGAACACUGCUCGGAUGAAAUCCGUGAUGCAAUGUUAGCCGAGAUCGCGCCGCACAUGGCUGAGAUUGGUGUGCACAAGAACGGAACCUGGGCUGCGCAGAAAAUCAUCGACGUCUGCAAGACACCACAGCAGAUGCGCCUCAUUGUUGAGCACGUGCGUCCGUACACGAUUCCGCUCUUCCUUGACCAGUACGGCAACUACGUCCUGCAGGGUUGUCUAAAGUUUGGCACUCCAUUCAACGACUUCAUUUUCGAGACAAUGCUCACUAGGAUGUGGGACGUUGGCCAAGGCAGGUACGGCGCUCGGGCCAUGAGAGCGUGCUUGGAGAGUCAUCACGCCUCCAAAGAUCAGCAGAGGAUGCUCGCUGCUGCUAUUGCCCUCCACAGCGUCCAGCUGGCCACCAACGCAAAUGGCGCGCUUCUCUUGACUUGGUUCUUGGACACUUGCACGUUCCCGCAGAGGCGUAGCGUAUUAGCUCCUCAACUUGUCCCAUUCCUUGUCCACUUAUGCACCCACAAGGUGGCAUAUUUGACCGUUUUGAAGGUCAUCAAUCAGAAGGCCGAGGCUGAAGCGCGAGACACGAUCCUCCAAGCUCUCUUCUUCAGCCCGAAGGACCAGGUUCUUGAGGCAAUCCUCAGCGACCACGCUUGCGGGGCCACGUUGAUCUUCAAGGUCCUAACGACUCCCUUCUUCGACGAGAGCAUCAGGAGUCAGGUCGUGGAGAAUGUCAAGAGCGUCUUAAUUCGCAUCAAGGCUCAGCCGAACCAGGGGUACAAGCGUCUCAUGGACGAGGUCGGCUUGUCCACACGCACUGGCGGUGCUGCUUCUCGCGACCAUUCAGUGAACCGAAACGCUGGGACCGAUAGGCAACGCCCUGUCUCGAGGCAAGCCCAGGUCCAAGCCCAAGCUCAAGCAACGGCAGCGGCGCAACAGAAUCCUCAGUUUGCGAACCAAUUCAUGAAUCCCCUGAUCCCUGGCAACGGCAAUAACUUUGACAUGCCUGGUUUUGGCGGUCCUGGCACUGGUGGCAGUGAGAAUGGCAUGCAGCAGUUCGCAGCCUACGGUCCCCAAGGGCCAAUGUUCGCUGCCGCCGGCGCUCCAAUGAACCCUGCCAGCAUGCAGCAACUUCAGUUUCAGCAGGGCAUGAUGCCUCGUGGAGGUCCGGGUAUGAGCAACUUUUUCCAGCCCAUGCAAGCCGGCUAUAGUGGCUACAAUGGCCCUGCUCCGGGCAUGGACCAGUUCCGAGGGCAGAAUGUUGCCAACGGCAGUCCUGUCCAGCCGUCCGGUGGCGCACAAUUUGCCCCGCCUGGAUUUGGCAUGAACAUGGGCAUGGGCGGAUACAACUAUGGCGCCCCGGGCAUGAACGGUAUGCAAAACAUGCCCUACAUGCAGGAGCAGCCUGCCAACAACAACCGCCGAGGACGCAGAUGAUCAAGAUCUUGAUUAAGCAAUAUGAGGAGGACGAGAUUUCCGCGGCACUGGCGUUCUUGCUCUCAGGCCAAAGCGACCUCUAUUUUGAAUGUGGUAACCGUGCUUAGGCGUUAGAAGCUCGUUCGAUGCUGAAGAGGAGGGGUUUCUGGACUACAAAUGAGAGGGCUGGCGACC